UGAACGAAGUUAAUGUCUGCAUGGCCGUCUACAAACUUUCGGACACUCACGCUGAGAGAGGGAAGCACCGUGAAUCCCAGACUCCGCCCACUAGGACGCACCGGCAGCUGCAGUUAGGAGCUGAGCCGGUAACCGAACCAAACGCUCCUCCAGCAGCUGCGUCUACAACUUUGUUCUUUGUUGUUCCAAUCUGCGCUGGGUCGACCCGGACGCUCGCCUGGCUCGGCUCGGCUGAGUCCGGUCUGAGCUGCACGGAGAAAAGUUUAGGGAGAAAGGACAUCAUUUAAAGCAAUCAAAGUUAACAAGUAGGAGCAGCGCGCAGCGCAACCGCGGAGGCGCGCGGAGCUGAAGACACAAAUCCUGAAUAAAGCUGCGGUAUCCACACUCUGUGCGUAAAGGAAGGAGUCAGUUCAGGACGCACAUGUGCUCACGGGUUCUGACCCGGUUCUGACUGAGUGAGGAUGAAAGUUUGGAACCGGUCCCGCUAGAGAAGAGGUUCUGAAAAUGUUUGUGGUCGCGCGUGAGAGCGGGACAAUGUCGGCUGUGAAUGCUGAGCAUCCAAAGUGAGUAAAGGUGUCUCGUGAGCGCGCCGUGCGCAGGAUCCGGACAGUUUAAUGCGCGCCGGCUCUGUUUGCUGAAGAGAAGCGACACGGAUGUUCGUCGGGACGCAGCGCGGUGCGCUGCCGCACAUGGAGCGCUCCGGGCGGCCGCUGCUCAGCCUGCUGCUGCUCAGCCUGCUGCUGCGAGUCUGCUCCGCCGUAACCGACGAGCGCAUCAUCUCCGACCGGUACGCGGUCUACUGGAACAGCUCCAACCCCAGGUUCUUUCGAGGUGACUACACGGUGGAGGUGGCGAUCAACGACUACUUAGACAUCUACUGUCCUCACUACGAGAGGGCGGAGCCAGCGGAGCGCAUGGAGCAUUACAUCUUGUACAUGGUGAACUACGACGGGUACACGAGCUGCGACCAUCACAGGAAGGGCUUUAAACGCUGGGAGUGUAACCGGCCCCAGAGCCCCAACGGGCCGCUCAAGUUCUCUGAGAAGUUCCAGCUGUUCACGCCCUUCAGCCUGGGCUUUGAGUUCAGACCGGGUCACGAGUACUACUACAUCUCAUCACCACAUCCCAACCUGGCUGGGAAACCAUGCUUGAAGCUCAAAAUCUAUGUCAAACCAACCAAUGACUCUGUGUACGAGUCACCAGAACCCUUCCUGACGGAUGACACCACCGGCGCCUGCAGCCUGACGCUGCCAUCCCCCGCUCUGCUCAGCCUACUCCUCAUCCUCCUGGUCCUUGCUUCCUCGUAGCAUUUCCUCCUCAGAUUCCAGCAGACUUCCUCUAUUUCGUCGACCUCUGACUCUUAUCAUGAUUUGAGGAUCAACCUGAGGGAUUCAGUUCAGCGCUGAGAGGAGUUUGGGAUUUCCGCAAACAUUCAGUUUGAAGACAGAACGAACAGAGAAUUCCGUCUCCCAAAAAGAACCUGGAUUAUUUCUUUUUAAUCCAGAACUAGCAGGUUUCAGCACCGACGUUGUAGCUCAUCCGAGUACACAAAACCUUUCAAUAACCUCUUUAACUAAAGCCAAACCUGGAGACCACAUCAAUGCUUUAACACCUUCUUCUCCAUAACCAUUACUGCAGAACUUGCUGAGUUGUUGUCCAUCAUUUGGAUCCUCUCUAAAUCUUUGCUAUUUACAUGUUUUUUCCAAGGCUGAUAAAUAUGUGCUGCGAUUUGUUUUUUAAUGCCUGUGUGUCAAAGAUAAUUUUUCAGCAGAUGCCUCUGUGUCUGCAUCAUUCAAUGAUCAAUAUUCAAUGAGCUAUGGUUGUGUUGAAGUAUGUUCUCGAUUGAUGUGACAAGUCUGAUGACCUCACGUGUGUCUGGAUUACGCUGACCUAAGGGUAAAGUUGUCGCUGUGAUCUCACCUCAAGACAGCGCCCACAUCGGUGAUCAAUCCAGAAAACUUUUUUACCUCUGCUGCAUAGACUUAAGGGGUUGCGCGGUUACCAUGACAACGUCAGGUGAGAUAGGAAGUCAGGAAACUCAUUUGUGUAAAGAUUUUUUUCUAUGCUCAUGAGUUAUCUAACACGAACAAGUCAUGAAUGUGGCCGUAAUAACAGAAAAUUGUUUAUGUUUAUAGCAUCAUUAAUUAUUGCCUUUACAGUUUUUUCAGUCUCGUGGUUGGAAAGACGAAAAACUGUUUUAUGAAGUAAAGCUGCGGACACCUGGACCGCAUUGGCAAAAUAAGGCCAAUACUCCCAUCUAGUGGUCACGGAGCAGAAUGCAUUUCACAACUAAUUUAAGAUACACAUCCAGCUGUAAUGUUUAGAAGAGAAAAAACACCAUAACAUUAGAAAUUUUAGUUACAAAAAAAUAUUGAUUUCUGUGUAUGUUGUCAACACUUAAAAAAACUAUAAAGCAAUUUGUAAAUAAUUGCAAAAUCUGAAUGUUAUUGAUGUAUUCUGAGAUGUUUAAUAAGGAGUGAAUAUUCCAAUUAAACCUGCUGCACAUUACAUACAUGUCCUUUAUUUAAAAUGUUUUGAAAGACAUUGCUAAGAGAUUAAGGCUGAAAUUAUAAUAUCAUAUUUCUUUAUUUAUCAAAGUUUUUUCUACAUUUACGAUGUCAACUUUGAGCUUUUAUAAAAUUGAUGAAAAGGAUGCUUAAAAACAUGUUAGGGAUGAGCAACCUGAGGCUCCGGAGCCAUAUGGGGCUCUUUUGCCCCUCAAUAAAGGCUCUUUAAAUAAAUAGAUAAAAGUUUUUAGGUUUAAAAAGUAACGGUAAAGUAAAAAGUAGAGUCUUUUAACUCAAACUUUAUUUCAUCUAUUUACAGUUGAAAGACAGUACGUAUCAUUUUGCAAGGUUCCUGACAUUGGUAGCCAUAAUUUUCCAACAAUCCUUUAAGCAAAGCAGCUUUGUAGUUUACCAACAUUGUUCUUAAACAUUUUGACAGAUUUUUCAGCACUGUUUACCACAGAAAAUCAAUUUGAAGUCAGUAACUUUAGGCAGAAUUAUACUGAUUUAUGGGGCGGACUUUCCAUUUUUAAACAAAUUCAUGGAUUUUAGGUGCACCUUCUGGUCUAAAGAAAAACAGCAAAGUUCAUUUUAUUAGUUCUAAAUUAAUUUUAAUUUGUUAGAUUGAAAAAUUUCAGGUUGAGAUGCACCACAAACAGUAAAAAUAAACUUUUUUUUUUAAAUUACUACUGACAUUAUACUACCCACUACUACAUUUGAGAUGAUCACAUGAAAUACAAGAUGUCUUUUACUUUGAAAGGAAUUCAUAUGAACCUGUGCCAUUUCCCAUUAUGUUUUAUUCAUUUAAAAAAACACACACCAAUAUUUCAUUUAAAAGCUAAAACACAGCACUUCAGUAACCAGAUUGGACCUAAACCUUUCGGAGACUGCAGGUGUUCCGUCUGUGGAUUCAUCCAACACAGAGAAUGUUGAGUCUUUUCUGAUAAUUCCUCUUACCCGCAUGGAUUUUUGUGUUGUGCUAAAACAUUGAUGUGGUCUAUGGUUAAAAUAAAUCAAUUCAAUCAGGAACUUUAAGCCUCUUCUCAAGAAAGCAUCUCGUCUUUUCCCGUGGCGGUGGAGUCUGACCUUCAACUUAAAAGUCCUCCUUUGACAGAUGGAUUUACUGCGGUGGUUCUGCUGGACCUCAUCAGCCCAAAAACUGUACUUGUCUGUUGUCUUUUACAAACAAGGAUGGCAUCACUGAGAAUUAAACGCCACAGAAAAGACUGAACUGUGUUGUCGAUAUCCUCACUCAUCGCCAGCUGGAGGGCGUGGCUAACUUCAGACAAUAAUUUUCUUCAUCAGAUCUCCAAAAUCCAGACGCUUUUCAGCCUUUUCUUUCUGUAAAUCUGCCAAAGACUCUUCUGUAACUUUUUAUUAUUUUUUUUUUAGAAGAUUCUCAGUGGGCGGGGCUACAUAACAGCAGUCUUGUCAUUUGUGGGCUGGGUUAGAAAAAAGGGGAGGAGCUUUAUUAUCAAUUUUUCUUCUUAAUAAAACCGAAUGUUUUGUGGUAACGAGCAAAUCAAAAAUGGCCUUUUCUCCCCCCGCUGGUGCUACGUUUUUAUGGACUGUGGCGGUGACAUUGUGUGGUCGAGCUCUUUGUCCCACCCACAUUUAUUUUUCUUCAUGUCCUCAUGCAGUUUCUCCAUCAGGAGGGGGCGUGUCCUUGUAAGCAGGGGCGUGCUGGAAAAUGCAGUAUAUCAUAUGAAUGCACUGUGGUGGUGGAUAAAAGGUGAUGUUUAGCAACUCCUAAGGAAUCGACAGGAAAACUUUAUGAAAAGAAGAAAAACUCAGUUCUUAAUUUUAUUUGUGCCAUUUUUUUCGCCGGAGAAAGUUUAUAUGAAAACUGACGUCUGAUGUUUGUUGUUGUCGUUGAUGCUGUAGUUGUUGUCUUCCUUCUGUUCUUGCUUGCAUCUCAAUGCAUUCUGGUCCCCGUAGUCCCGUGAAUUCUGGUUCUGUUGGCGAGUGACACUUCAGUGGAUCUUAAUGGAUUUUUGUGGACUGAAUCGGUUUUUCGUAGCAUAAAGAAAAUGUAAAGGACUCUGUGAAAUAAAUGGGGAAAAAAAGUUUGUCAGAGUGAGACCUCCUUGCCAUCUCUGGAGAAGAAAAAGCUUUUUCUACAUCAAACAUCUGCAAAUUCUAUUCUUUCAAAUGCAAAAUAAAAUCUGUUUUCGUAUAUUUUCUUAUUGGAUGCUUAUAAAGUCCUGUUGUAAAGAAUACAUUUAUCUGAUUGGCUGAAGAGCUGAUGAGAGGUCGGAGGUCAUCAGGUCUCCUGUGUACGCCUGCGCUGCAUGAGCAGGAAAAAUGUGACAGCAGACAUCUAUUGAGUGAAUUUUGUUUGAAAAUCUCAGAGAGAAGAGGUUAAGAAAUGAAAUUUGUGCUUGAUAAAUUCACCAAUAAUUGAAUAAAAGUCCCACGAGAGACAGUU